AUGAAACUAAUCUCCUUGUACGUGGCGGCGUCGCUGACAUUCUCCCUUGCCGCACCGGUUGACCAGCGCGACGCGAACCUCAGCGUUACGCGCACAAUCGGGUCUCCAGCUCCCUCGGGGCCCACUCCAUCGCCCGUUCCCGCAGCGGACCUCGCUCUUCGCGCCAGCGCCCACACCUCUUUCGAGGACGCCACCAACAUCACCAUAUCCUCCGCCCAGAACACCGUAGUCACCGUCGCCAUCGGCGCCCUCGCCCGCAACGUCGGCAAUCUGCUCGGCUCCGCCCUCUACGGCACAAUCUGGAAGGGCCUCGACUCCAUCUGCCCGCCCGGCCAAUCCGAGUGUCGAAAAUCCACCAGCGGCAAGCACACCUACGAAUCCUUCGCCAUCGAGCUCGAGUACGUCGACAAGGGCGAUUCCUUCGCCCACGGCCCCUACCUCACACUCAUCGUCGAGCACUCGUUCCACCGCACCGAGGCCCUGCGCAGGCUGAUGAUUGGGUCUGUCGCUGGGGCGCUGGAGCGCAGCACGAGAAGCGCGGAGAACUGCCGCAAUCUGCGGCGGGACAGCUGGACCUCGCUGCACUGUAAUGUGGGCGACUCGGUGGCUGUGCUUGCGGGGGGCAGCAAGCUGAUCGUGGGGAUUUCUUCGCGCCAGGAUAAGGGCGACGGGGGCGGGUUUGACUGCGGGGUUGUUGUUGAUGGUGCGAGGGAGUAUGUUGAUUCUCUUAUGCCGGAGUAUGGACGGGAGUUUGGGGGAGGGGCGCUUGCGGAUGUGAAGUGUGUCUAG